CGUGAAAAGUGAUCCUCAUAUUGAUUUUUCUCUUCUUAACUGUGUCGUUUUCGGAAAAAAAGGUAAAUUUGUACCCAGCAUGAAAUAGUCGAGUUGUGACAAGAUGCAUACCAGUCCAACGUCUACUUACUCGAAAAGGUCUUUUGUUCAAUGGGAUCAGGAACACAGAAACCCAAGAUGAAAAAGGAGCACAAGCUGGAAAAGAAAAGCAAGUACCCCACACUGAAGCCGAGCCGGGGCCAGGCCAAUUGGCAAAGCGCGGCCCGAAUCCGCUAGUCCAAACGGUCUUGUCGGAGAAUAAAAGGGGCAAGAAGAGACGAUCAAGCAAAGAAAGGAAACUGCCCCCAAGUGAAUCAAAAUGAUUCAUUCUGGCUGUGCGCCCAGCGCGCCCAGCUGGUUCUUUUUGUGUCGCCCAGACCUGAAAAACCCGCCCUAGUAUGCAAUUUCAAAGGCAGUUACGUAUAUCUACAGAAAGAGUUGGCAAAUGGGAACAGUUACAAACUGGUAUUUGUAUCGGCCUGUUUUUUUUUUCUUUUCUUUUUUUUUGUCAUCAUAAGCCCUCCAAAAAGAGACAGGUACAGACGGACGAAAUUGAUAUAUUCUGCACGGAAAACACACCUCGAGUUUCCUUCCAUUUUCUUUGGACUCUUUGCCGCGAUACCGCGUGUCUACUUCUUGUAUUUAAUGAUAUCACCCAUUUCGCAGGAUUCUGCCCAUCUACCUGCUUUCUUCUGGAUCUAUAAUAAACGGACGGUUACAUUCCCAAAAUGACCUCGAUUGCCUCAGAGUCCGUCGCCUCCAUCUUGGUGACCUGUAAACAAACCAGAUUCCGUAUAGAGACCAGCCCCGAGUAUCGAGAGCUGGACAUUGAAGGUCUCAACAUCACCCUCGCCGCUGCUCCACCGCCUGAAGCUGGCGGUGUCGUUGCCAGUGGCAAGGGUAAAGGCAGAUCCAAGGCCAAAUCACAGGGACUGGAGAUCUUGACCGAUGCUAAGCUGCGCCUCAAAGCUGGGCAACGCUAUGUUCUCGUUGGAAAGAACGGAUCCGGGAAGUCGACGCUUCUAAAGGCUAUCGCUGAGAAGUUGAUCCCAGGCAUACCAGAAGCCACUCGCAUCUCAAUCCUGCAGCAGACGGAUGCUACUGAUGAGACUGCGCUCGGCGUCCAGAGUUCAUCGUCCAAUGGCAAGGCGCUCUCCACCCUGGAUGAGGUUAUCGAAAGAGCCACGUCACGUAGUGAGCUCGAGCAAGAAAUUGGCGCUUUAUCCACCGGUAUCAACGACACGACCAGUGCGACUGGUGCCUUGCGUGCCCUUCGAAAGAUCAAACACGACAGACAGCAGAAGCGGCUAUUUGUGCUCGAUAAAGACGCGAGGUUAAGAAGCGGUGCUCGUGGUCUACAGGCGCGCAAGGCUUUGACUGAAUUCGAAAAGGAGGUGGCAGCCUCUGCCUUGUCAAUCACUCAAGUAGACGAGGAAAUCCCACCAGAAGCUAUACGGGAUGAAACACAAGAAGCCAUCGACAUGCUCGCAGACUUACAAAUCAGAGUCGAGCCGUCGCGACUCGCCGAGGUCGAAUCUCGCGCAAAGAGGAUCCUCACAGGUCUGGGCUUCACGGCAGAGUCGAUGGCAAAACCCAUAUCAAGCCUCUCCGGCGGCUGGCGCAUGCGGGCGUCGCUGGCAGCUUGCCUGCUGCAGGAGACCGACAUCAUGAUCCUGGACGAGCCGACCAACUUCCUCGACCUCCUCGGCAUCGUAUGGCUGCAAAGAUACCUGACGUCUCUGGGCGAGGACUCGGACGGCACCACAGGAGCAGCAGCAGCGCUGACGACGCGGGCCCCUACGCUGAUUCUCGUCUCGCACGACCGCGACUUCAUCUCGCUGUGCACCGACCUGCUCAUCCUCAAGGACAAGGACCUGGUCUACCACCACGGCGACCUGGCGUCGUACGAGUCGUCCACCGCCGUGCGCAGACAGCACCUGAAGCGUAUGAAGGAGGCCAAGGACCGGCAGAAAGCCCACAUGCAGGAGACCAUCGCGCGCAACAUGCGCGAGGGAAAAAAGAACAACGACGACACCCGCGUCAAGCAGGCCAAGAUGCGGCAAAAGAAGCUUGACGACCGCUGGGGCCUCGAGGUCAACGCCAAGGGCGGCCGAUUCAAGCUCAACCGGGACCUGGUCGGCUACCACCUCACCAUGCGCGACGAGAUCGAGAUCCCGCCCGAGGAGCGAGGCGUCGUCAUCAACGUGCCCGACCCCGCCGAGCUGCGCUUCCCGGGGUCGCUGCUCAGCCUAGAGAAUGCAUCAUUCCGGUACCGCGGGACCGCCAAAGGCGCACCGCUGGCCCUUCAAGACGUCACCGUCUCGGUCGGCAUGGGCGACCGGAUCGGCAUCAUCGGGCUCAACGGCGCGGGCAAGUCCACCCUGAUCCGCCUGCUGGUCGAGGCCGACAAGCCCACCUCGGGGACCGUGACGCACCACCCGCGGCUGAAGCUGGGCUACUACUCGCAGCACGCGGUCGAGGCGCUGCAGGAGCUGGGGCGCGCCGAGCCGACGCUCACGGCGCUGGCGCUGCUGAUGCGCGAGACGGCCGAGGCCGGGGUUUCGGAGGGCGAGAACCGCGCGUUCCUGGGCGCGCUGGGCCUGCCCGGCAGGCUGGCCUCCGACGUGCCGCUGCGCAAGCUCAGCGGUGGCCAGGCGGUGCGGUGCGAGCUGGCGCGGCUGCUGUGGCGCCGCCCGCACUGCCUGGUGCUCGACGAGCCGACCACGCAUCUCGACUACGAGACCGUGACGGCGCUGCGGGAUGCGCUGCGGGACUGGCCCGGUGCCGUGGUGCUGGUCAGCCACGACCGGUGGUUCGUGCGGGGCGUCGUGGAGGGGAUCAUGGAUGACGACGAGGUGGGGAGUAGUGGUGGUGACGAGGAUGAGGAUGAGGAGGCCGAGUCUCCGCGCCGAAGAAUCGUAUACCGGGUUAGGGCGGGCAAGAUGAGUGUUUUGGAAGGUGGCGUGCAGGAGUUUGAGAACAUUAUGGAAAAGAGGGUUAGCAAGAUGCUAUGAGCUUGUUUGUGUGUAGCUGCUCUCUGUUCAAAUCAGGCUGGCAGAAGUUAAUCUAUCUUCCGCACUUCAACCUCGAUAAGCUCAGUAUCUU